GCCUGCCCGCUGCUUGCCGGCGCCUCGGCCGACCGCCCCCGCCCCUCUCCCGCUGCGCCCGCCCUCCUCUUCCUCGUCCUGACGCCCCCCUCCCGCCCGGAAAGCUGCCCAGCCACCAGCACCCCCCCAGUGCCACCAUGGCAACUGCACCAUACAACUACUCUUACAUCUUUAAAUAUAUUAUUAUUGGGGACAUGGGAGUAGGAAAAUCUUGCUUGCUUCAUCAGUUUACAGAAAAAAAGUUUAUGGCUGACUGUCCUCACACAAUUGGUGUUGAAUUUGGUACAAGAAUAAUUGAAGUUAGUGGCCAAAAAAUCAAACUGCAGAUUUGGGAUACAGCAGGACAGGAGAGGUUUAGGGCUGUCACACGAAGCUACUACAGAGGAGCUGCGGGAGCACUUAUGGUGUAUGAUAUCACUAGAAGAAGUACAUAUAAUCACUUAAGCAGCUGGUUGACAGAUGCAAGAAAUCUCACCAAUCCAAAUACUGUAAUAAUUCUCAUAGGAAAUAAAGCAGAUUUGGAGGCACAGAGAGAUGUUACAUAUGAAGAAGCCAAACAGUUUGCUGAAGAAAAUGGCUUAUUGUUCCUUGAAGCAAGUGCAAAAACGGGAGAGAACGUAGAAGAUGCUUUCCUUGAGGCUGCCAAGAAAAUCUAUCAGAACAUUCAGGAUGGAAGCUUGGAUCUGAAUGCUGCUGAGUCUGGUGUACAACACAAACCUUCAGCCCCACAGGGAGGCCGGCUAACCAGUGAACCCCAGCCCCAGAGAGAAGGCUGUGGCUGCUAGUGAGCUCUUUGCCGUGGCUCUCAUUUGACCUUUCACCUCUGUCUUUUGGAAGCAGUACUUUUUACUGCCUCAUUGUCUUCUGUACAUCUUACUGGGUUUAAUUAAAAAGAAAAAAACAACUCUGUUGUAAAAACAGUUUAACACAGUACUAAACUGCUAAACAACUAGAUGUAAUCAGGUUAUCAGAGGCAAGUAGAGUAAUAAAUCUCUCCUGCAUGGUAAAUCUAGACUUUUUUUCCCCCUUGAUUGUUGUCCUCGUGAUGGGUAUGUCACCAAUACAUGAUUUAAACUGAGCACUGAUGCUGGACUUGAUUUUUACCCCUCCCUCUUUUUGGCAAGGCUUUGUCUCAUUGUACGGUUUAAUUUGAUGAUAUCUUAAGCCUUUCUUCCCAUCUUUAACUGUUCAGGUAUGUCUGUUGUAACCCAUAGGUUUAUUGCUGUGAAAUGACUUCUGAUGAUAGAGAAGGGGUUCUUUAAAGCCUUUUGUUUUGUUUUUGUCGGAUAAAUUCCCUGUUGUGUGGGUGGCAUUUUUCUUGAGGCGGUUUGCUUCUGUCUUAGCCUUGCACAGGGAAAGUAUCCAUUUAUCUUUUCUCUUGUGCUUAAUUAAUAGCUUUAUCCUUUUUUUUUACACCAUUUUAUCUUUUUCUCUUUAGCAGAAAGUAAAUAUGUAUAAAAUUUGAAGGAACUGAACUAACAAUACAUUCUGUGUAUAUUAUUUUAAUGAAGAAAAUAAAUUGAUUACUGGCAUUGGAACAGUAUAAAAUACCAGUUUGUACAGUAUGACCUAUAUGUGACCAUGUUAUUCCCUUCCAUUUCACACAAGGAAAUAGACACAACUGCAGUUCACACAAUAUGCUGGCUCCACCCUUUGGUGCUGGCAGUGUUUGGGGAAGUUGUGCUGGAAAGAGCUCCUGGCGUGAGAGGAUUAACACUAGCGGAUUCUGUUCCAUCUUUGCACUGUGGCUUACCUGCUGAUUUUCUUAACUGUUCUUGUGCAAUCAACAAUGUGCUAACCUGCUUUUCUCUUUUUGUAAACGUUUUGCAUUACAGGCUGCAUUUCUUGCCUUACUGUAUAGAAAAGGAAAAAAGGCUGGGUUUAUUAUUGCACAUUUUAAGCUUUUAUACCUGUAUCUUCUUGGAAUGGUAAGAUUCUGAACCAGACAGCCAGAACCGCAGGUCUGCUGUUAAGGGAUUUUAAAUUGUGCAUUUUUAACACUACAAUGAAAUAAUAAUUUAAGAUAUCCCUUGUGUUCUUAGUAUGAGGGGCUGUUUUAUGUCAUGUUGGCAUAAAUUGUUUUGUAAAAGGGAAAGUGUUUCUAACAGUGUUUCAGUGUUUGUGUUGAUACAAAGGUGGUUUGGCCACUGACAGAAUACUCUGUUGCAAGGGAAACAAUCUUAUUUCUUUAGACAACAAACUUAUGUUUUACCAUGUUCUUUUACUUCUGUUGAUUGAUUUCUAAUUGAGUUUAUGGUUCAGGCUGGGAAUUGAGAAGUUAUAAGUAAGAUCGGUAAACCUCAGUAUAUCAUAUAAAAUGCACUCUCAGCUCAACUGCUGUGUUUAAAAUACACAUUUUAAAUCCCUAUUUACAGACACUAAAGUAAAAAAUACAGCUUUCUGGGUUGUAGACAUGUGGUAGUACCAGAGUAUUGUAUAGUCAAUGUUAAAUAAAAGCCAAAACUGGAAUGUGCAGAAAAUAGGAUUUGGUUAAUUUGUGGACUCAUCUUUGUCUUUGUUUAACUUUUUUAAAAAACAAGAUACAUGGAGUAGAUUGGUGUAUUCUGUUAAAGACUUAGAGGGAUCCAUUUUGCUUACACUGUUGCAUCACAAGGGACUCGCCCAGGGACCAUGACCUGCUGGUGUGUGUAUAUAUUUACAAAAACAAACAGACCACCCAUUGGGAUAUAAGGUAGCAAUCACAACCUAAAGACUGCGGCUUGUUUAGGUGCAAUACCCUGAUGCCCAAAGUUAGUUACAGUGGGUCUUAAUUGUUUUUGUGACAGGAUUUAUUCAGACUGCUGUACUCUUCAUUUGAUGUAACAAAAUGCUAUUAAUCUAAAUAUUUGUAAAUAAAGUACCUGUAUCUAGA